CAAACCUCUUUCUGAUAUCACUUCCUGUUUAAAAUCGAAAUUAGCGGAGACAAGUAGAAACACAACUGAAAUGGCAAGUCGUUCCCGAUUGUUGGUUGGGGCAAUAGACUUUGGAACAGCGUUUUCUGGUUGGGCUUUCUCUUUCAAGCACGAAUAUGAACAAGAUCCAACAAAGGCCACUGUUAAAGUUUGGAAUGCAGGAACACUUACCACAGAGAAGACGCCAACGUGUAUAUUAUUGCAACCAGAUGGGACCUUUGAUUCUUUUGGUUACGACGCAGAAAAUAGAUACAGAGAGCUUGCAGAUAAAAAACUUCACACGGAAUACUAUUUCUUUAGACAUUUUAAAAUGUCACUCUUCAAAAAUCUUGGAAAGGAAAUAAAAAGAGGGAUGAAAAUAAGUGAUGAAAUGGGCAAGCAGUUUCCAGCCAAGGAUGUAUUUGCAAUGUCUAUUAAAUACCUUGUUGAUGAUAUGAUGCUAAUUGUAAGGCAACGAAUUUUCGGAGAGUUAAGGUCUCAUGAAAUUCACUGGGUUUUGACAGUUCCAGCAAUAUGGUCGGACGCUGCAAAGCAGUUUAUGAGAGAGGCGGCAUCGAAGGCUGGUAUAGAAAACGAGCAACUGACAAUUGCUCUUGAACCUGAAGCAGCAUCUAUAUAUUGCCGUCAUUUACCUGUUGAUGCCACUUCGGAUGAGAGUCAAAUGACAAUAUCCAAUCUUUCUACAGGCACAAAAUACAUGGUCCUGGAUGCAGGAGGUGGAACGAUUAACAUCACGGUGCAUGAAGUUCAAGACACAGACACACUAAGGGAAGCUAAAGCAGCAAACGGGGGAGGAUGGGGCGGAAUCAUGGUAGACAAGGCAUUCGAAGAUUUUCUUGGAGAACUUGUUGGCGAAAAUGUAUUCGAGACAUUUAGAUUGAAAGAAACGGAAGAUUGGUUGUAUGUGUUGCGGGACUUUGAGGCUAAGAAGCGGGAAAUAAGAAUUGAAUCGGCACGGUUUAUAAACAUGCGUUUUCCCGUAUCCCUCAUUGAACUAUGUGAGCAGGAAAAACGGAUGAAAUUCCAGGAUGUAAUUGCAUCAACGAGAUAUGCCGAAAUUGUUGAAUUAAAGCUUGACAAAAUAAAAAUGUCUAAAAUUAUAUUCUUUUACAUGUUUGGACCGUCUAUACAGUCAACAGUUAAUUACGUGAAAUCAGUCUUUAAUGACAUGAGUUUAAGAAAUGUCAAUGUAAUUCUCAUGGUUGGUGGUUAUUCAGAAUCGCCGUUGUUACAAGAAGCAUUUCGUGAGGCCUUUCCACAGAAACGUGUGGUCAUUCCUCCAUGUCCUUCCUCAAGUGUAUUGAGAGGAGCUUUAAUAUUUGGACAUAAUCCUUUGACAGUAAGUGAGAGGAUAUUAAGGUAUACAUACGGUGUCGGCACAAGUAGAUCGUUUAUAAAAGGAACACACCCUGAAAGCAAAAGGUUCAGCACAGACACUGGUGAUAGAUGUUGUGACCUUUUCCAUAUAUUUGUCACAAAACAUUGGAUAGUUAAGACAGGAGAAACACAGGUUAAGCACUGUUGUCGAACUGUUAACAAAUACCAAUCCCGAUUGGAUCUCAGAUUUUACCUUUCUGAAGAGACAAUCCCAGAAUAUGUAGACGCAGAAGGAUGCUCGAAAAUAGGAGACUUAACAAUAGAUUUCGAAGAUCCUAUUGAGGACGUUGGUCGAGGAGUCGCUGUUUCUAUGGCAUUUGGUGGAACCGAGAUCAUUGUAGAAGCUGAAGAUAAAAAGACUGGUGAAAAGGUCAGGGCGAGAAUUGACUUUUUAGGUUAAUAGCAGCAUGAUGAAUGUUGCUCUAUUCUUAAACUUAUAUCAUGUUUUAAAUAGACGCGUUUAGAAUGAGAAUGAACCUGCUAUAAAACGCACACAAGUCUCACUGCAUGGAAAAACAAUAAGUGCUUAUACUGUAUUUGAUAUAACGUAAAUCAGUGUCUUCAGAUUGAGUAUUUAGGUUUACAUUUCAAACAGUUUUUCCUUAGUUAUUAAUUGCUUUAAAGUAGACGGAGAAAAUAUUUCUUAGAAAAAUAUACACUUCAAUAACACCAGACAUGUUUUUAACUUUAUUUCAGAAUUGUACAUUACGCUGUUUUCAAAACUUUUUGUUGGGCUAGAUAGGUAAUCACGUGACAGUGUAAAAACAAAAUAUUGUAGUUCAUGUAUAUUGAGUACUGGUGCUUUCAUACUUUUUUGGCUACACAUUCCUUCAAUGAAUCAAUGAACACUUCUGAUAUGUAUGCAGUAUUUUUACACUUUUGGGGGAAGGGGGGUCUAUGCCUCUAAGAGUGGGAAAUCGCGCAGUAUUGAUUGACAAAGAGGAAAAACCACACUAAAAUAUAAAUGACUAAAUUAAUUGCAUUUCCAUUCAUUUCAAACGAUUAUGUUUAAUAAUUGUAAGAGGUUAGGUUGAAAUAUGUAGAAACAUAUAUUGUUUUUAAUUCUGAGGGGAAUUUUUGUCACCCAAGGGGAAAAAUACUAUCACUUCUAUGUGGGUAUGUGGCCAAAUUUAGCCAAUAGGUUGGGGCAAAAAUGCACUGAUAUAUAUAAUGAUCAAUUCAAAAUGACCGCUUUAUUGUAGUGUGACAGAGGAAAAACCACACUAAAAUAUAACUCAGUUAUAAUAUAAUAAAUAUAAUUUAACUUUUGGUAGUAAUGUCAAGAUGUUAUGUGAAAACCAAUUAUAGAAUAGAAUCGCAUAAUAAGUCGGUUUAAAUUGGGUUUCAAUUCGCCAAUUGUGUGUUAAUACUAACAGUUGCAUGGUGAUGCCUUAAUGUGUUUUUUUUUUCAUUUUGCUCUCGUUGACUAUAUAUUUUACUUCUACGUUUUAGCGGAUAUGUUUCUCGUGUUUACAUCCUUACAUACGCUGCUAUGGGGUCACAGUUUCAGGGGGCUGCGUUCUUAGAGUUCGAUUUAAAUACAGUUACUUUUAUUUUUAAGAUUUCCAAGUGAAAAUGACUUGCUGUUUGUCCCACUAAUUCUGUUAACCCCACUGGAGCAAACACAAUGUGUUUUUUUACCAUAGUUUGUAAUAUCUUUACAUUAUCUCUGUCAAGUGUAAUGAGAUGAUUUCGCUUAAUAGUACACUAUGGCCACCUUAUUUUGAUGCGGAAAACCAAUACUGUUUCAGAUGUUGCAGAUAUCGCGAAUCAUCGAAAACUGAAGUGCCGAAGCAAACGUUUUUAUCUUUACUUGAACAUAGAAAUACGCUGGCUGAUAUUCGCACAGAGGUAGUUUGGACCAAUACAAGACUUUUGGCUGUAAAGGCCAAGGCCACAGUUCUUUGGGAUUCUGUUUGUUCACUUGUGCGUACACCUAUAAAUAAACCCUGUUAUGUGCAACUUGACUUAUUCUAUAUUGGUCUUGAGGAAAUGAAUAUGUCUGACCAACUUUUUGGGAAAGCUAAUUGUUUUUUGUUUGGUCCGUCUGUCGUAAAAAUCAUAUGUCUCAAAAUGGCUGUUUUUGCUAAACAUGAGUUUUUUGUUGAUUGAUUUACCUUGCGGAAUCUGCCGUUGCAGACACUUCUGUUAAUAUAAUGCAUAUGUCCUUUAGUAUAAAUAAAACGGUUGUGUUAGUUAAAAAGAAAUGACAAUCACCAUUCUUUAGCUAAUGCACCAAAACAACGAAGCCGAUGUCGCUGUCAAACGUUUCCGUGUUUACUGCACGGUGCUAUGUUAUAAUAUUGCUAGUGUGAGAUAAGCGAUAUGCACUUCAGUUUUGCACUUGAUUUGUUGCUGUUGUCAUUGAAUACGUAGCCUUAGAUACCAUCUCUAAACUAUGCAUACUCUCUAUUUGGAGAGUUGCUUUAUUGGGUUUUAACAUAAAAUCUAAAGCCUUACGGGACUUUAACAAAAUGAUAUCGACAUAACCAGACAUGUUGAUAUAUAAUAUAGGCAUGUUGAACAACUGUUAACUGUGGUUGUGGUUUAUAUUUAAGCUUACUUAUAUUAUCUAAAUAUUGAGUCAUCUGAUGGCACAACGUUUUUAACUUUGUGAUUACCAUUCUAAUCUUUUAUAUAUGAGCCAACGGGGCGGUUGCAAACCGGGGUUAUUUCAAGGUCUGAGUUAGUUAAAGGGAUAGUUGAAUUAUUAGUGAUUUUUAUUGUAAAAUGAUGUAUUUUUCAAUGUUACGAUAAUAAAAUGUUGAGAAAGAAUAUUAUGAUUAUAAAUGAAUUAUGCAGAGUUAAAUCAUUUAUUAAAUAUAUUGACUAAUUGUACAAAAAGUAAGCAAUCAUUCAUUUCUUAUGACAGUCAUAAUUGCUAUUCCAGCAACAAAAGAAACGGGAUAAACUAUUUUUUUUAUCUUUGAUGUUCAUGUAGUAUGCUUUCAUCACGUUAGUUUAAAACCACAGCGGCAGAGGCAAUGUUACACUGAUGAAAGCGAAUAACGUGCGAAUUUAUUAGAACGUUGUUUUAAAUAUAUUAAUACAUGUCGUUGUUUAAAGAAGAAAAUGAUGUCAUUCAUCUGAGGAGGAAAUUUCGAAAUAAUUUCCAGUCAAUACAUGUAUGCAGCAGUCGAGGCUAGGAAAAUUUGAAACUUUUUAUUGGGAUGUCAAACUUCGUAACAUUUUGGGUCAUGGUAAUUUUCAAACUGUAUUUGGUAAAACUAUAAAACGUUUCAUAAAAAGAGGUUACGACCCAAUCGUUUUGAGACGCACCGCAUGUGUAGUGUUCAACCACUUUACAGUUAGACACUACGCUUCCAUCCUUGAUUGUGUCUAACUGAAGAUGGGGAGGAGUCUGUGAUAAGCAGUCUUUAAAUCCCACCUGGACAGAACCGUAGUAGUAUAAGAAUUGUUUGUGCGAAAACAGUAUAACCUCAUUUGACCUUUUGACCCUUGGUCAACACUGGUCAAUGCCGGACAAUUUAAAAUCCACAGGUUUUAAACCAAGUAAAAACCUCUGAUUUAACUAAAGAUGAUUAAAUUAAAGAUGAUUUAAAAUGAAGAAAACAUAUGUCUUUAUUUAAAAAUAGUUUCCAGUUAAAAACUUUAAACACUACACCGAGAGACAAAAUGUAGAAUAAGUUUGGCCUAAUAUAACAUACAGGAAGUAAAAUAUAAUGUGGUUGAAUUUAGACCACAUUUAUUUUCUGUUUAAAUCACUCUUUUACUUCCUUGUUUUGUAAUCCUUCUACAUAGAUAAAACAACUGUUAAAGACAUUAGAAAUGGC